AUGGUCAUUGCAACGUAUUUCAACAAAAUUUAUUAUGUCAUGCUGAUUUUAUGCAGCCUGUUAAAAGAAAUUUUCAAAAAAAUUUUUCCAUUGAAGCGGAAAAAUAUAAGCGGGAAGGUGGUGCUGAUAACCGGAGCUGGUGGGGGCAUUGGAAGGCAACUAGCCCUCAAGUUUGCCGCUCAAAAAACUAAACUGGCUUUGUGGGACAUCCAUGAAGCGACAUGCGACGAGACGGCCAGCCAGGUGUCGGCCCUGAAUGCCCCCUGCCACUCGUACGUGUGUGACGUUUCCAAGAAGGAGAAUGUGGCAAGGGUGGCUCAGAUGGUUCGCAGAGAUCUGGGGGAGGUGGACAUCCUUGUUAACAACGCCGGAGUCAUCAACUAUAAGAACUUCAGGAACCAGACUGAGGAAGAUAUCAAAAGAAUUGUUAAUAUCAAUUUGAUGGCCAUGUUUUGGACAAUACAGGAAUUUUUGCCAGAAAUGUACAGAAAAAAUGAUGGUCACAUCGUCAACUUAUCUUCCAUUGCUGGCUGCAUUGGAGAGGCAAACGCUGCUGAUUACACUGCCACAAAAUUUGCUGUAAGAGGUUUAUCCGAAUCUCUGGCCGAAGAGUUCCUUCAGAGUGGAAAGACAGGCCUUCAGGUGUCCAUCGUAUAUCCUGCAUCUAUUGACACCCCACUACUACGAAGCAUCAUCCGACCUAACAGACAGACAUUAGUUUCUAUGUCGCCAGAUGAGGCGGCGCAAGCUAUAUUGGAUGGCGUUUUGGCUGACAAGAAGCACAUCUUCGUUCCAAAUAAAUUGUGGAUUUUAGCUGCAUUCAACAAGUAUCGUCAAUUGCGAUUUCAUCUGUAA